AUGACAAAAUCUGAUGUGGUUCCUCUAGUUCUCUUACUGAGUAUUUAUAAAGGAGUAUCUGGCUUUUCAUACCUCAGUAAGGAUGGGGUGGAAAUUACUUAUUCUACUACCUUUAAACGUGAAUGUCGAGGAGAUAUGGACAUUCUUAUAACGUUUGAAAGUAUUUCAUUGGCAGAGUGUGUUAUGGCAUGUGGAAUGCGACAACACUGUAAAGCUUUGAACUACAUUAAGGUAUUCAACAAGUGUAAUUUGUACUUUUCUGACGAAACAGAAAGUGACAGAGUUAAAAGAAGUUGUGUAGAGAUUAAGGCGGCAGAUAUAAAUGUAAUAAAGAAACCUUGUCCAGAAUGUGACGCAGACGAGACAUGUAUUCCCGCUAACAAAAGAUGCGAAACAACAGAAUGUGUAAACUUUGAUCGCCUGGAUAAUGGUUUUGUAAAUGGAAACCUAUGGGGAGUAAAUGACAAUGUCCAAUAUGUUUGCAAUGACGGAAAAACAACAGUACAUGGAAUAAAAUGUCUCCCUGAUGGACUCUGGAAUAUUUCCAGUGACAUAUGUACACCUACUGUGACAAAUGUCGCGCUUGGAAAACCAACAAACAUGUCAAGCUAUGAAUUUGACUUCGACGGUUGGAAAGGGGUUGAUGGCGAUACUAACCAACGCUGGAGUGGAAACUCCUGCUUCCAUACAGAUAGUGAUCACAAGUCAUGGUGGCGUGUUGAUCUCGGGAAAGUAUUUCGAAUUGUAAGAGUAGUGUUGUACAACCGAGUGGAUUGCUGCGCUAGUAGAGCUUCGAACUUAGAUUUAUUGUUUGGGACGACUGAGGACAAUAUGGACAUUGUGAGGCAAGUUGAUGGUCAGAUUGGGGACACUCAUACGUUUAACUUCACCGAAAGUGAAGAAGCACGAUUUGUUCAAGUGAUGCUUAGAUAUAGCGGCAACCUACAUCUUUGCGAAGUACAAGUGUUUGGAUUUGUCACAUUUGGAGAAGGGAAGUUUUAUCACGACGAGCCUUUUGGAGAUCUGAGCAAGAUAGCUUAA